AUGCGGGGAAUCCGCUUCAUCCCCGUCAUCGCUAGCCUCGGCUCGGUCUUCAUAUCACAAUCAUUAGCCCAGGGAGAGACUGCUCUACAUGAGAAAGGGCGCUGUGCUAUUCGAGGGCACUGUGGGAAGAAGUCCAUCUUUGGCGGAGACCUACCAUGUCCGGAUAAUGGUGUCGCAGAGGAACCGGAAACAGCGGUGAGGAAGAAACUCGUGGAUUUAUGUGGCAGUAAGUGGGAGGAAGGCCCAGUGUGCUGUAAAGAUGAGCAGAUCGAUGCGCUCUCCAGGAACUUGAAGCUUGCCGAGGGUAUCAUCGCCUCCUGUCCUGCGUGCAGAGAGAAUUUCUUCAAUAUCUUCUGUACUUUCACCUGCUCUCCCGACCAGUCUCUCUUUAUCAAUGUCACGGAGACCGAGCCCAGCAGCUCGGGGAAAUCCUUGGUGACGGAACUAGACAACAUCUGGUCGGAGGAAUACCAAAGUGGGUUCUACGAAAGUUGCAAGAACGUGAAGAAUGGAGCAUCAGGUGGUAGAGCGAUGGACUUCAUCGGCGGCGGCGCAAAGGAUUAUACGCAUUUUCUGAAGUUUCUGGGAGACAAGAAGCUUCUGGGUAGCCCUUUUCAGAUAAACUUCAAAACCGAGCCCGCUGGUCCGGAUCCUCAGGGAAUGCAUCCUCUGCCCAUCAAGCCGAAGGCGUGCAAUGAUUCAGAUGAAGCCUUCCGUUGCUCCUGUGUGGACUGCCCCGAUGUAUGUCCACAGCUGCCUGCAGUGGAAACGGACAAGCAAUGCCAUGUGGGCCUUUUACCUUGCCUGUCCUUUGCUGUUAUUCUGAUUUACUCUAUGUUUCUGCUCUUCGUUGUGGCUCUUUCGAGCUACUUCACGUAUAAAGAACGGCGCCACCGCAAACCGGAACGGGUCCGGCUUCUUCAGGACCCGACGCCGAGCGACGAUGAAGACGAAGGCGAUAUUGUUCACGCUGGAGGCUACCUCGAGCAGCCCAAAGGUGUUUAUAAACUGAACUCCGUACUGGACCGUGUAUUCAACCGGAUUGGUGGCACAUGCGCCCGGUUCCCCGCGAUUACUAUUGUGUCUAGCAUUUUAACAGUGGGGCUGUUAAGCCUGGGCUGGCUGAGGUUCGCUGUGGAGACCGACCCAGUGCGAUUGUGGGUGAGCCCUACGUCAGCAGCCUUCCAGGAAAAGCAAUACUUCGACGCCAAUUUUGGCCCUUUCUAUCGUGCGGAACAGGCUUUUCUUGUGAAUGAGAGUGGCCCCGUUCUUACCUAUGAUACCUUGAGUUGGUGGUUCGACGUCGAGUCCCGAGUCCGCCGGAUGAUAUCACUAGACCGCGGAGUUAUUCUGGAUGAUAUCUGCUUCAAACCUACAGGCGACGCCUGUGUGGUUGAUUCUGUGACCGGCUAUUUUGGUGGUUCGAUGUAUAACCUUGACCCGGACACGUGGGAAGAACGUGUAAGGCAUUGUGCCGAAUCUCCGGGUGAUGUAAGCUGCCUUCCUGAGUUCGGACAGCCUCUCAAGCCAGAAAUGAUUUUGGGCGGCUAUGAAGGAUCGGGGGAUGUGUUUGACGCUCGAGCACUGAUCGCUACAUGGGUGGUUAAUAACCAUGCCCAAGGGACCGAAGAAGAAGCGGAUGCGAUCGACUGGGAAGACAGCUUCAGGGGCAUUCUCGGGGUCGUCCAAGAGGAGGCCAAGGAGCGUGGUUUGCGCGUGUCUUUCAACGCCGAAAUUAGCGUUGAGCAGGAGCUCAACAAAUCGAGCAACACAGACGCAAAGAUCGUCGUUAUCAGCUAUAUUAUCAUGUUCAUAUACGCAUCCUUGGCUUUGGGCUCCGUCACCGUGACGUGGAAAUCGUUACUUACGAAUCCCGCGAACGCUCUGGUCCAGUCGAAAUUCACCUUGGGCAUUGUGGGAAUUGUCAUCGUCUUGAUGUCUGUUUCCGCUUCUGUCGGGCUAUUCUCCGCGACGGGCGUCAAGGCAACAUUGAUCAUCGCAGAGGUCAUUCCGUUCCUGGUGUUGGCUGUCGGCGUGGAUAAUAUCUUUUUGAUCGUUCAUGAAUUCGAACGGAUCAACGUCAGCCAUCCUGACGAAGAGAUCGACGAGCGAAUCGCUCGGGCUGCGGGCCGCAUUGGCCCUAGUAUCUUCUUGUCCUCCCUUACUGAAACGGUAGCUUUCGCUCUGGGUGCUUUCGUCGGAAUGCCGGCCGUCAAGAACUUCGCCGUCUACGCCGCGGGGGCGGUUUUCAUCAACGCCGUGUUGCAGAUCACUAUGUUCAUAUCGGUGCUUGCGUUGAACCAGAGACGUGUGGAAAGCCUCCGCGCGGAUUGCUUCCCAUGCGUGACGGUCCGCAAAGCGCAUUCUGGAAUGUCCGAAGAUCAAGUCUUCGAUGAUCAGGAUGGAGAAAGCUUUCUGCAGAAGAUCAUUCGUAAGGUCUACGCCAACUUCCUCCUCACCCGUAAGAUCAAGGUUGCCGUCAUCAUUGUAUUCCUGGGCCUUUUCACUGCCGGCUUGGCUCUCAUUCCCGAGGUGGCGCUUGGUCUGGAUCAGCGUAUCGCGCUGCCCAGUGAUUCUUACCUCAUCCAGUAUUUUGACGACUUGAACAAUUACUUUGGAAGCGGCCCUCCGGUGUAUUUCGUGACUCGCAAUGUGAACAUCACCGCGCGCAGCCAUCAGCAGCAGCUUUGUGGUCGGUUCACGACAUGCGAAGAGUUCUCAUUGCCGUUCGUAUUGGAACAGGAGUCUAAACGGCCCGAGGUGUCUUAUAUCUCAGGAUCCACCGCUAGCUGGAUUGACGAUUUCUUCUACUGGCUGAAUCCCCAGCAGGACUGCUGCAAGGAACAUGGCCAGCUUUGUUUCGAAGACAGGAAUCCGGCAUGGAACAUUUCCCUCUACGGUAUGCCAGAAGGUGAGGAAUUUGUCCGCUACGCGAAAAAAUGGAUCGAUGCCCCUACAGACGCAUCUUGUCCGCUGGGAGGGAAAGCUCCGUACAGCACUGCUCUUGUCCUCGACUCGAAGCGAAUCAUGACCAACGCCAGCCAUUUUCGAACGACACAUACACCUCUCCGGACGCAAGAUGAUUUUAUUAACUCGUACAAAUCGGCUCGUCGCAUUGCGCAGGGUAUCUCAGAAGAGCAUGGUAUCGACGUGUUUCCAUACUCGAAGACGUACAUAUUCUUUGAUCAGUACAUUUCCAUUGUUCAGCUUACGGGUAUCCUACUUGGAUCUGCUGUCGCCAUCAUCUUCCUCCUGACCUCCGCCAUUCUAGGCUCCGUCGCUACGGGGGCCGUGGUGACUGGCACCGUUGUGAUGAUAGUGGUCGAUAUCAUCGGCUCGAUGGCCAUCUCCGGGGUGUCGCUGAACGCUGUGUCGCUGGUGAACUUGAUCAUUUGUGUUGGUAUUGGGGUCGAGUUCUGUGCGCAUAUCGCUCGCGCGUUCAUGUUCCCGUCUCGGGUGAUCUUGGACAAGGUGCCCACCAAGUUCCGCGGCAAAGACGCCCGGGCUUGGACCGCGCUGGUCAAUGUCGGAGGUAGUGUUUUCAGCGGCAUCACCGUGACUAAAUUGCUUGGGGUCUGUGUGUUAGCCUUUACCCGCAGCAAGAUUUUCGAGAUUUACUAUUUCCGUGUGUGGCUGGCGCUGAUCCUGUUCGCGGCUACCCAUGCGCUCAUCUUCUUGCCCGUAGCCCUGAGCUAUUUUGGAGGAGAUGGGUAUGCCGAUCCCGGCUCAGAUGGUGGCCUUGAGGAGAACCUUGCAUCCCGAGGCUAUCGCUCUCUGCUGGUUGAUGACGAUUACGACUCAGAUGGAUAUUAG